AUGAUAGCCCAACCUGAGAACUGCAAGCUCAUGAAUCCUAGAUCAAAUAUGUCUUCCACGGAGGAGCCUCUGCUGCCUCUAUUCCAGCGUAAUCAGAAGUACUCUUCCUCCAAGCAAGACAGAAGCAAAUCCUGCGAUGUCCCAAACAGGUGUGCGCCUUCCUUUCAUCCAGACACUAAUGUCAAAGCUAGCCUCAGUACUCUCAAUCAACCUCCAGCCACUAACGAAAACACCAAUAUAGUAUCCACACCAACUUUACAGCGGGUGCGUUCUUCUCCUUCUAUAUUCACGUCAAUCAAAGAAGCUCCUUGUGCACAUGAGCUUGACAAGCAAAGCCCUGCUGCACAAUACACACCAUCAAUUACAAGGCAGGCCAUUGUUAGUGUCAUCCUAUACAUCUCAAUAGGAGUCAUUGUGUACAUGACAAAUGUUGAAGGCUUCAAGGGGAAAUCCACGUUUAAGUUAGUGGAUGCCCUGUACUUCACCAUCAUAAGCUUGUGCACCAUUGGGUAUGGUGACAUAGUCCCUUGCACUACCUUCACAAAGGUGUUCACAUGCCUGUUUCUACUAAUAGGUGUUCGCUUUGUUGACAUUAUGCUGAAUGGGCUGUUGACAAAUGUGCUUGACAAGCAGAGAGCAGUCCUACUUAGCACAAUGGAUGAUAAUAAGCUGAACAAGGUAUUUGACACAUACAUGAUCGAUGCUGAAAAGAAAAGGUCAAGAGGGAAGAUCAAAGUACUACUUGCACUAGGCGUUGUUGCAGGAUCUAUCUCAAUUUGUACAAUCAUAGUACAUGGGGUGGAGGGUCUAAAUUGGAUUGACAGCUUCUAUUUAUCAGUCAUUUCGGUGACAACAGUUGGAUAUGGGGAUUAUGGCUUCUCAACUACAGCUGGAAGGCUCUCCGCGACCGUGUGUCUGUUGGUUAGCACUUUGGCAGUUGGCAAGGCAUUUUUGUUCCUAACGGAUCUAAGGAUGGACAGAAGGAACCGACGAACUACAAAAUGGAUCCUCCAGAAGAAAAUGGACAAUGAGCCGCUUGCUGCAGACAUUGAUAAUGAUGCAGCUGUAAGUAAAUCAGACUUUAUGAUCUACAAGCUGAAAGAGAUGGGGAAGAUCGAUGAGAAAGACGUCACAAUGAUCUCAGACCAGUUUGAUCAGCUAGGCCUUGCAAAAUGUGGAAAUGUUGCUCUUGCUGACAUAAUUGGAAACUUAUGAGUGUGUAUUAUGUAAAUGAGAUAUAUCAUACCACAAUGAUUGAUAUCAUAUGAUACUUUGCUAACUAGCAUUCCAAAAUCUAAACAUGUACGCGUGACCUAUUUAAUACCCUUCCAUAUUACAAGUAGUCGAAAUAGUGUCUGUUACUGUUGAUCUUGGAGUCGUACAUUGUCGUAUACAAUUGAACUUGGAGUCAUAUGUUCUUGUAAUGUGGUUGGUCAUAGCCACAGCUUCAAGAUUUCUUUACAUAUUUCUCACCCGGAUUGUAUGGAUAUGUAUUAAGGAUACAUAGAAGAACAGGAUAGUAUGAGUUCUGUGCGGUGUAACUGAAGCAAUGGGACA